CAGUUUAAGCCCAUCUUCAUACUGUACUAUCUGUUUUAUAUUGGAAGAAUAGGCAGAGCAGUAAAUCUGCUAGCUCCUACAGACAAUUGACCGUGAUUAAAGACCUAAUCAGUGCUUGUCCAAUUUAGCAGAUCCUCUCAAGAUCUGUCAGGUUGGAUGGGGAGCUUCGCUACACAGCUAUUUUCAGGUCUCCAGAAAUGUUUUAUCUGGUCCACAACAUUCAGAGACUUGUCCCGAAGCCACUGAGUUGUCUUGACUGUGUGCUUAGGGUCGUUGUCCUGUUGGAAGCUGAACCUUCGCCCCAGUCUGAGGUCCUGAGUGCUCUGGAGCAGGUUUUCAUCAAGAAUCUCUCUGUACUUUGCUCCGUUCAUCUUUCCCUCGAUCCUGACUAGUCUCCCAGUCCCUGCAGCUGAAAAACAUCCCCACAGCAUGUUGCUGCCUCCAACAUGCUUCACCAUAGGGAUGGUGCCAGGUUUCCUCCAGACGUGAUGCUUGGCAUUUAGGCCAAAGAGUUCAAUCUUGGUUUCAUCAGACCAGAGAAUCCUGUUUCUUAUGGUCUGAAAAUAUUUUGUGCAUUUUGGCAUACUCCAAGUGGGCACCUUUUUACUGAGGAGUGGUUUCCAUCUGGCCACUCUAGCAGAGAUGGUUAUCCUUCUGGAAGGUUCUCCCAGCUCCACAGAGGAACUCUAGAGCUCUGUCAGUGACCAUCGGGUUCUUGGUCACUUCCCUGACCAAGGCCCUUCUCCCCAGAUUGCUCAGUUUGGCUGGGCGGCCAGCUCUAGGAAGAGUAUUGGUGGUUCCAAACUUCUUUCAUUUAAGAAUGAUGGGAGGCCACUGUGUUCUUGGGGACUUAUGUUCAACUUAAUUAAAACUACUGCAUACAUUUUUUUGGUACCCUUCCCCAGAUCUGUGCCUCGGCGCUCUACAUGCACUGUCAACUGUGAGACCUUAUAUAGACAGGAAUGGCGGCGUUGGCAAGUCUGGUGCAGCGGCUGGAGGUGGCUGUGGGUCGUUUGGAGGCGGUGUCGGGCGGUGGAGGUGGCGGUGGCUCUGCUGGAGGCUCUGGAGUCGUGGCAGCUUACGUGGAGGCCUAUGAUGCUAUCAUCACGGGCUCUGUUGGCCAGUACAUGACCCUCAGCCAGCAGAUAGGGGGCGACGUCCAGAAGCAUGCGGACAUGAUGAAGCAGGCGUUCUCAUGUCAGAGACAGCUCCUUGUCACCGCCUCCUGCUCCCAGAAGCCCUCUGAUGCAUCCUUGACUGCUCUCCUGGCCCCCGUCUCCAAAGUGAUCCAGCAGGUGCAGACGUUCCGCGAGCAGAACCGCUCCUCGACCCUCUUCAACCACCUCUCGGCCGUCAGCGAAAGUGUGCCUGCCUUCGGCUGGGUCGCCAUGGCUCCUAAGCCAGGUCCCUAUGUGAAGGAGAUGCAGGAUGCUGCCCAGUUCUACACCAACCGUGUGCUCAAGGACUACAAGGAGAAGGACCAGAAGCAUGUGGACUGGGUUAAGGCCUACCUGUCUAUCUGGACUGAGCUGCAGAACUACAUCAAACAGCACCACACCACCGGACUGGCCUGGAGCAAGAGCGGUCCAGUAGCCUCGGCCUCUGCAGCUCACCCUGCCUGUGGCGCUCCUCCUCCCCCCGGCCCUCCUCCCCCUCCCAUGGACUUCAGCGGGUCGUCUGGCGGUGGCGGAGACCAGGGGCCCGACACCCGUAACGCCCUCUUCGCCUCCCUCAACAAGGGAGCUGACAUCACCAAGGGCCUGAAGCAUGUGCCCAAAGACCAAAUGACUCACAAGAACCCCAACCUGAGGACCCAGACCGGUCCGGUGCACACAGGGCCCAAGCCCUUCAGCUCCCCCAAGACAGAGGCCACCGCCGCCCCCUCUCGCAAGCUGCCCCCCGUUCUGGAGCUUGAUGGCAAAAAGUGGAAAGUGGAGAACCAAGAGGGUGUACAGGGCAUGGUGAUCAGCGACACAGAGCUCAAGCAGGUGGUCUACGCCUUCAAGUGUAACAACAGCACCCUGCAGAUCAAGGGCAAGAUAAACUCCAUCACUUUAGACAACUGUAAGAAACUGGGUCUGGUCUUUGACGACGUCGUGGGCAUUGUAGAGGUUAUCAACUGCAGGGACGUCAAGGUUCAGGUCUUGGGCAAAGUUCCCACCAUCUCCAUCAACAAGACUGACGGCUGCCACGUGUACCUGAGCAAAGAUUCGCUGGAGUGUGAGAUCGUCAGCGCCAAGAGCUCAGAGAUGAACGUGCUGGUACCUGGUAAAGACGGAGACUAUACUGAGAUCCCUGUUCCUGAGCAGUUCAAGACUGUCUGGGAUGGCAAGAAGCUUGUCACCACUUGUACAGAGAUCGCUGGAUAGAGGCGCAGCACUCGAAACAGCCUCCCCUUUGCAAAUGCCUACCUGACUGAUCGACCGACCAGCUAACCAAACCACAAAGUAGACUGAGAUGCCAACCGCACCCAUAUUUUUCCAAUCUGCCAAUCAAAGCUUUAGCGUUUUUUUCCUUCAGCCAAUGAGAGGACUGCUUGCUUUAUCUGGAGCAUUCCUUCAGCCAAUUGCAGGGAGCGGCUUGUUAUUCGAUUCGGUUAUCCUCAUGACCAGUGAGCGUAUUCAAAUGGGUUUGCCAACAACCAGGUUGAUUUUUGAUUUCCUGCUAAUGAUAAAUGUAAUAGCAAACGCGAAGGAGCAAAGCUUUUAUCACACCUGUGGUUAAACACUAAACAUCAGCCAAUGUUUCCUUAAACCAAUUGUUAAUUGGAUUUCCCCUCUGGUCAGGGGGAGGCAUGUGUUUAGGGGUCCAAGGUUUCAGUUCCAUUUAUGCAAUUUAGCCGUGAAGCACAUGUACAACCAACCCCUCUUUACAGUCGACAAUGCUAACAUUCAUAGAUAUUGACUAAAUAUAACAUUUGUGUCAUCACUCUUAAAUAGGUAAAAUGAUCAAUUAUGUGCAGGGUCACUCUUUUUUUAUCAUAACACUGAAGCAAAAUGGUGUUGAAAAAAUAUUGAAAGAUGAAAUGUAAAAAAUAAAAUAAAAAUGUUCAUUCCUUG